UGACUUGUGCUGACCGAAUUUCUCGAUAAGAGUUGGUUAUUUUCCUGGGAAAAUUAUCAAGAAAUUAAGAAAAUAUAUAGAAGCUGACUGAUUUAAUUACUAUGAAAAUGCAUUGAGUGAGAAAGUGAAGAACACAUAUCCAAAAUGCAAACAAAAUCCCCCCAAUACCGUGCCCAAACCUGUGCAAUAAAUGUAAUACUGCUCUUAAUCCUGAUGAGUCAGCAAUGCAAUCCUCAGAGAGUGGAGGUGCCAGCUGAAGUAAUCGUUGAUCCCAAAUUUAGUUCUCCAAUUGUGAAUAUGACAGCGCCCGUGGGACGUGAUGCCUUCCUAACGUGCGUCGUUCAGGACCUGGGUCCUUACAAGGUUGCGUGGCUUCGGGUCGACACACAAACCAUUCUGACGAUACAAAAUCAUGUUAUAACAAAAAACCAACGCAUUGGCAUCGCCAACUCUGAGCACAAAACCUGGACAAUGCGCAUUAAGGACAUUAAAGAGUCGGACAAAGGCUGGUACAUGUGCCAAAUCAACACGGAUCCGAUGAAAAGCCAAAUGGGUUACCUUGAUGUUGUGGUACCGCCGGAUAUCCUAGAUUAUCCUACGAGCACGGACAUGGUCGUUCGCGAGGGCAGUAACGUGACGCUCAAAUGCGCUGCUACCGGUUCGCCAGAGCCGACAAUUACAUGGCGACGUGAAAGUGGAGUGCCCAUCGAGCUGGCCAGCGGAGAAGAGGUUGUGAGUAUCGAAGGCACUGAUCUAGUAAUACCUAACGUAAGACGUCACCAUAUGGGCGCCUACCUCUGUAUUGCUUCCAACGGAGUUCCACCCUCGGUGAGCAAACGGAUAACGCUUGUCGUGCACUUCCCACCUAUGAUAACUGUACAAAACCAACUGAUUGGAGCUGUGGAGGGAAAGGGAGUAACUUUGGAUUGCGAGUCUGAGGCUUAUCCCAAGUCGAUUAAUUACUGGACCAGGGAACGCGGGGAGAUUGUACCACCAGGUGGAAAAUACUCCGCGAAUGUCACGGAAAUUGGCGGCUAUCGCAAUUCGAUGCGGCUCCACAUAAAUCCCCUUACACAGGCCGAAUUCGGGGCUUAUCGCUGCGUGGCGAAGAAUUCCCUCGGCGACACGGAUGGCACAAUUAAGCUAUAUAGAAUACCCCCAAAUGCCGUCAACUAUGUGGAGAACUUUGAGGCCCGGCACAAAGGCAAGAAGCGAACGAAAAGCUCGGAGUCGCAUCAUCCGGCCAGAGCCCAGGAGCACAGUGGCGAGGAUAUGGAAAAUCCGGGAAAAAGAAAAGCCGAUUUGAGUCUGAGUGCGGAGAGUAUUGACAGCAUUUACGGAUCCUCGGCAGCUGGGACUCGGCGGCAGGACCUCGGCGGUCUGCUGCUCCUGCCAGUGACUUUGGCCAUGGCACUGGCACUUGCGACGACGGGAGUGAUGCGGAAAACUCAGAUGACACUGCCGCCACAAACACUGACGCAUGUUUGACACAGACGCCGAGUUGACAUGGACAUGGAGUCGGCGCUAAAUCUGAACUUGCUGCCGGAUCUGAAGCUGGAGCUGGAGCAAGAGCUACAGUCUGUGGCAGUUGCAGGGGCAGUGCAAUGAUGAUUGAGUUUGUCAAUGCCAAACGCUGCUUGGCGCUGAUUUAUGGCUCGUUGCGGCUGCUUUUAGUUAAAGUUUGUCAACGCGGAAUUACAUAUAUCACAGCCAUGAUGCGGAACGCGGAUCAUCGCGCAUCUGUAGCCAGUAAGUCAACUAGGCUUCCUAAUUCCCAAUCGCGCGAUUAUUCAGC